AUGUGUGCCCUUCCAAGUAGUCCCGGUAUCUUACAAUUUAUACGAAUAAUUGAAACUGGUGAUUUGGAUGAAUUACAUGGCUUAGUCAAACAAUCAGAUGCCGUUUGUGCUCGUGAUGCUGACAACAACACACUGUUACAUCAUGCGUGCAUUGCUGGAAAUGUGGAUGCUGUGAAGUUGUUAAUCGCAUCUGGAUUACAUGCAAAUGUUGGAAAUGUGGACGGUCAUACACCUUUAUGUGAUGCCGCACUGAACGGUUCCACGGAAAUAGUUUCUAUUCUUCUGAACUGUGGUGUAAAUGUAGAUCCACCAUCAUAUUGGGGUUCGCCGCUGAUGUAUGCUACACAAAAUGAACGGCUGGGCGCAAUGAAACUUUUAAUUGAUGCCGGAGCUCAGCUAAACUCUCCCGAUCGAACAGGACUGUGCCCUUUGCAUGUUGCCGUUCAAAAAGGAUUUUAUGCUGGUGUACACGAACUUCUCCUUGGAGGUAACUGA